CGCCUAGUUCUUUCUUUUCCCGCAAUCUCACUCUCCCCUAAAGAACGCAUACAUCAGCUUCUACGCGCCGCUUUCCAGCUCUUUCCCUUUCCCACUUCGUCUUCUUCACGCAGAUGGCCAAAACGACCCAAAAACCAAAACCACGCUCAGUUACUUCUUCGUCUUCGUUCGUCACGUGAUGAGAAGGAGAUAGCUGUUCGCAGGAGAUCUUAGAACGAGCCACGUCUAAUCUAUCAAUAUCCCUCUCAAAAUCCGUUCGAUUCUUGUACAAAGAAUUCCGACUCACAUUUUUGAAUUUUUGCAUUCUGCCUCACCGAAAAUCCCCCUAAAACCGAUCCAUAUUUCCCCCUAUAUAAACCCUUCCGUUUUCAUUGAUUGGGAUCGGGAAUUUCCAUCUGAAAAAGGCGAAAAUCCAAAGGCAAAGUUUUCUGUUAAGUUUUGUUUGUCGGAGUGCUGCUCGGUGAUCGGAAUCCCAGUUGGCUGAGAUUACUUUUGUGGGUUUGCUUUUUUGGGAGUGUUAGUCUAUGGCGAUUGCAGCUGCAGCUGUUAUCGUUCCGUUGGGCGUUCUCUUCUUCAUUUCUGGUCUUGUUAUCAAUCUUAUUCAGGCCACUUGCUUUGUCCUUGUACGACCAAUUUCGAAGAGCACAUACAGGAGGAUUAAUAGAAUCGUUGCAGAGCUCUUAUGGCUGGAACUUGUGUGGAUACUUGAUUGGUGGGCAGGUGUAAAGAUUAAAGUGUACGCAGACCCAGAAAUGUUUAAUCUAAUGGGUAAAGAACAUGCUCUUGUCAUCGCAAAUCACAGAAGUGACAUAGAUUGGCUUGUUGGUUGGAUCUUGGCUCAGAGAUCUGGUUGCCUUGGUAGCUCAUUAGCUGUAAUGAAGAAAUCAUCAAAACUCCUUCCAGUAAUUGGUUGGUCCAUGUGGUUCUCUGAGUAUCUUUUCCUUGAAAGAAGCUGGUCCAAGGAUGAAAGAACAUUGAAGUCAGGUCUUCAAAGGCUAAGCAAUUACCCUUUGCCGUUCUGGCUGGCGCUUUUUGUUGAAGGCACCCGCUUUACACAAGCAAAACUUUUGGCUGCUCAAGAAUAUGCUUCUUCAGCAGGGUUACCUGUUCCAAGGAAUGUAUUGAUUCCCCGUACUAAGGGUUUUGUUACAGCAGUAAGUCAUAUGCGCUCAUUUGUUCCAGCUAUUUAUGAUGCAACAAUAUGCAUCCCCAAAAGUUCACCUGCACCUACAAUGCUGAGACUCUUCAAGGGGCAGCCUUCUGUGGUGCAUGUGCACCUCAAGCGGCAUGAGAUGAAGGAUCUGCCUGAAAAUGAUGAUGCCAUUGCCCAAUGGUGUAGAUAUAUCUUUGUAGCCAAGGAUGAGUUAUUGGACAAACAUAUUGCUGAAGACACUUUUGGAGAAGAAAAGCUGCAAGACAUUGGCCGCCCAAUGAAAUCCCUUGUGGUAGCCGCAUCUUGGGCAUGCAUUCUUAUCUUAGGAACCAUAAAAUUUUUACAAGCAACUGCGUUGUUGUCGUCAUGGAAGGGUGUUGCAAUAUCAGCUGCUCUCAUGGCUGUUGUUACAGUUCUUAUGCAAUUUUUGAUUAAUUUCUCAAAGUCAGAAUGCUCUACAGCUGCCAAGGUUGCACCAGCAAAGGAAAAGAAUGUUAAUCGGGCUAGAGGAAAUGGGCAGGAGGACAAAACACACUAAUUAUGAUUUUCAUCUGAUAUGGCAAAUGAACCCUCAGUUUGUAGCCUUGAUCACGAAAAUUACAAAGAUGAUGUUUGCAUUAUAUAGUAACUUGCUUGUCUAUUUUAGACCUGUAAUUUCUGGCCAAAGUGAACUAAAUUCUGUUCAUUUUUGUUUUUAAAGAUGCAGAUUCCAUGUUUGGUCAAAUUCAUUAAUUGUUCCAGUUAA